AUGACAUUCUCAUCUUGUUCAUUGAAAGUUGUUCGAAAUUGUGUCCCAUCACUUUUCAAUUGUCAGUUAACAAAUAAAAUACAUAAAUCAAAUGUUAUAUUUGAUAAAUGUGACGAGAAUGUUGAUUGCUUUAUGUUUGAUAAAAAUGACUUAAAAGUUGCUGAUUUAUUUGAAUUAAUAAUUGGUGCUCAUUUGGAUUUAUUAUUUCAAACAAACGUUUGUCUAAUGAACAUGAUGUAUCGCUAUCGUAAUAUGUACAAGGUUGAAAGAUAUCUUGAUUUAAAAUUAGAAAAAUAUCGUAUAUUAACUGGGACAACGGAAAACGAUAAUAUAUCAGAUAGUUAA